CAAUCUUACACGGGUGCAUGUGUCGUGUGCCAGCUGUGGGGGACAGAAGCUGUAUCGAAAUUAUAUUUUAUAGUUAUUUCAUCUAACAGUUUUGGAUUCUUGGCACUAUAUUUUGGCGGCCUUUAGGCCCAACUAGCAUGCUAACCACCACGCUAGCUUAAACAGCAACUCCUUUGCAUCAGCUUUAACGUUAGCGCGCAAGCUUGCAAAUCCGAUUUCAUAGCGCCAGCUAACGUUAGCUUUUUCUGCUCAUGCUAGCUGUGAACAAUGUCUGAGCAAGAGUUGGAUGAAAUUGUGCAAAUAACAGUGGAGGACUUUAACCAGGAUGACCGUACAGACAUGCUGGACAAUCAUGAAGAUGAUGAAGAAAGGCCUCCGAAGAAAAAGAGGAAAUUAAGCAACAGCCAGGAGAAUAACAACAACCAAGACAUAUCUUUUAUUAAGAACAUGUUGGUCUCAUUCAGUGCAUCAAUCAGCCAGCGAUUGGAGGGAAUUGAGACAAAGUUACUGGCUCUGGAUGCUACUUGCAAAGCCCUUGGACGCAAACUGGACAGCAUGGUGCCCUGUGCCAAGAGUCCUAUCCAGGUCCCUAUGGUUGCAGGGUCACCUCAGGGGGCCACUCAAACUUGGAACAAAGUGCGGUGUGUUGUUCCACAAACAAAUGUUAUAGUGAGCAGUGAACCUCCAAAGGCCACUAGCCAAGAAGACACUCCACUGGAAAAUCUGCUCAGCAACACGGUGGCCAAGAGGCGACAGAACACAAUCCUGGUAAAGGUGCCGGGCCCUGAGGAGAGUCAGGAGGAACAGGAGAGUGGCUCGGAGGCCAGUGACUCUGUGUCCAAUGGUGGCCAUUCAAGCAACGCGCAAAAUGGCCAAAAUGUCACGCUCAUCACACUCAACUCAGAGGAUGAUUACCCAGGGGGCACUUGGUUGGGAGAUGAGAACAACCCAGAGAUGCGAGUUCGGUGCCCAGUGUCGCCCGCUGACAUGCUCCAUAUCACUACAAACUGCCGCACAGCAGAGAAAAUGGCACUGACACUGUUGGACUACCUGUUCCAUCGGGAGGUCCAGGCCAUGUCAAACCUCUCUGGACAGGGCAAACAUGGCAAAAAGCAGCUGGAUCCGCUCAUGAUCUAUGGCAUUCGCUGCCACUUGUUCCACAAAUUUGGCAUCACGGAAUCAGACUGGUACCGCAUCAAGCAAAGCAUCGACUCCAAAUGUCGUACUGCCUGGAGACGCAAGCAGCGUGGUCAGAGUCUGGCUGUCAAGAGCUUCUCCAAACGGACACCUCGCAGUUCAGUCACAGAAGGAGGCAUGGCAGAAGAAACAGCCCACAUUGAGACUGCCACCCAGCAGACCUUGCACUACACGCUGGCCAAUCAGCAGGUCCAGUUCCACCGUAUCGGCGAGGAUGGACAAGUUCAAGUGAUUCCACAGGGUCAGUUGCACAUUGCCCAGGUGCCACAAGGAGAGGAAGUGCAGAUCACACAGGACAGUGAGGGGAACCUCCAGAUCCACCAGGUGCAUGUUGGUCAGGAUGGACAGGUGCUGCGUGGAGCUCAGCUGAUAGCGGUGGCGUCAGCUGAUGGGGGGGCUACAGCAGUAGAGGGCUCUCCUCUCCCCCCUGAUAUCCAAGUACAGUAUGUCCAACUAGCCCCUGUUGCAGAUCACACAGCUGCUGUACAGGCUGCUGAGCUGGCUCCAGCCCUGCAGGCAGACAUGGAGGUGAAAGAGGCCAUCCAGGGAGCAAUCCAGGGAGAGAACGGCGAGGUGGUCCAGAUUGUCACCUCUGUGGCUACCUGAGAGCAACGUCUGGUUCAGCGCAGCCCAGAACUCUGCCCUCCAGCACGGCCAGACGAGACACAGUGAAACAUCAGAGGUCAACAAAUGCAUCCAGUCUGACAAACGCUCAAGUCGGAAAGCCUUUUUUUAAACAAAUACUGAAGGUCACUGAUGAAACAGAGGGAAGAGGAAUUUUUCUUUGUUUUUUGUUGUUUUUUUUUCCUCUGCAAACUGCUCAAUUCAUUGUCAAACAGAUGUCACAAUGUGGAAAUGUUCACAGAGAACUUGAAAAGACCAUGAUACUUCAAAUUCAACUGUGGUCUUUCUGGUGUUUUCAUCACCAGAAUGACCUGGUCCACCACAGAAUACACAGUGGGAUUAUUGUCUAUCCAGGGAGGAUGCCGCUUACGCAGACCAUCACCCUGCCACUUCAUCAGCAUACACACUUGUUUACAUCAACUUUGGAAAAUAGCAGAGUUAUUUGGAGUUAAGCCACUUGGUUGACCUCGAAACCCCCGUGAGGGUUUGUAAAACCCCUGAAUCCCACCUCAAACAACCAGUGCUGUGCUCCUUUUCUCGUCAUCAUUCUGGUCAUGGUGGACUGCAGUGGAAAGUAGAUUUAGCUGAGGACAGCUACUCUUGGUUGUGUUUAAUUUGGUUUCCUGUCACUCUCCAUGAUUCAAUCCGUACCGUGUCUCCCGGCUGUGAGCCCUGCCUUUCUUCACAUUCUUCAGCUUGUUUUCAUAUUGCUUUAGCCGCACAGCUUUGUUUGUUUGUUUGAUUUAUCUAAUUGUGACAUGACGAAAUUUUUGGGGAGCUUCAAUUUUGGAGGUAGAAGACCACGUAAUAGAAGAGAUGGUGCCAGUGGUAGACAAUACAAGUUACUUGUAGAAUACCAGGGAAACCGUUGUUGUUUAUUUCCCCUGUUUUGUCUCUGUGAAAGAUACAUUCAUGUGAAUAAAACAUGUUUGUGGUUGCCAUAAAAGUGUUUUUAUUUUGGUUUGUUUCUGUAUUUUUUGUUUAUUUCCAUCAACACUGGUCAUCAAAAUAGCUUCAAAGUUUUUCAAGCUUUUAUCCACUGGAAGUAGACAAUUGAGGAGAAAGAGAAAUGAUAGUUUGGUUUUGAGGUCUUGUUUAAAGUUGAGCUCAUUUAUUUACUAUGUUUGAAGCAAAUAUGUAUCAUGUCAACUUCAAUAACCAUAGGAUUAGGCUACUGUAUUGUCAGCAGUCUUGACAAAAAGAAAAAGUAAGCUUUUACUUAGUCUCAACAAGGUUUUUGUCAAAAGACUGUAAUUAAUACAUCAGCCUCAUCCUAACAGUUCCUGAACUGUAAUUUAUUCAAAUCCACUUUGUGCCCACUGCAUAGUUAUGUUUUUCUUUCAGUAAAGACAGAGAGAAUGUG